UCCAGCCAGCGGUAUCCAGCACGCUCCACCCCGCAUCCAGCGAGCGGUGUCCUUCACGCUCCGCCCAGCGUCCAGCACGCCCCACCCCGCAUCCAGCAAGCGGUAUCCAGCACGCUCCACCCCGCAUCCAGCGAGCGGUGUCCAGCACGCUCCACCCAGCGUCCAGCGAGCGGCCCCGAGCUCAUCGCGCCUAGCAUCCACCGAGCGCCACCCAGCACGUCGCGCCCCUUCAUUCAUGCAACCGUAUUUAUAGAGCGCUUACUGGGUGCAGAGCACUGUCCUAAGCGCUUGGAAAGUCCAAUUCGGCCCCAGAUCCGGCCGGGCGUCCAGCGAGCUGCAUCCAGUGUCCAGGAGCCACCGCUAGCAUCCAGCAACGGGGGUCCACAUCCCGGCCAGCAGCACCCAAGCACCCUGCGCCCUACGUUCUGCACCCCUCGGACUCGUGUCCGCCGGCCCUUGGCUGAGAUCGGAGCUCGCCUGGAAGAGGAGGAAGAGAAGAGGGUGUCCUCACCUACCUGGACCAGAAGCGGGGGGUCAAAAUCAGGUUCCACGAAAUCCAGCUACACCGCAAGCGGCCUGUGUCUCCUCAGCAUGACCCCUCAGCUCGCACCAGCCCUGGAGUCCUGUGGAAUCUAGCUGGAUAUGGAGUAGAAAAACUCAUGAGUUAAAAGCCCUGAGGGAGGCGGGGGAGGGUUGAGCGAAACCAAUUUGGAUAUACAAAAAUAGCAUUUUAGAGAGCUUUGCCGAAUUCUACUCAGAAAAGAAAAAGAAAAGGAACUAUGAACUGUUGGGUCUGGCCCCAGGGUCCCAGGUUUGGGUUUCGAUGGCGGCCGCCUUGUCCUCAGAUGGGCCGGAUGACCCCCUUGCCCUCCAUCCCCAAACUGAAUGUGCUUGGUGCUGGGAUUUAUCAUGUGACCGCUUUGGCCCCCGAUACAUAAAGCAGCCUGGGAGUUCCCUCCACCUUAUUGUGGCAGCUGGGGCUGUCGUCUCUCGGACUGUACAGAAACACCGAAGGAAUCAAAAGAACUGAGUCCUCCCAACAGAAUCUGCCCACCAGGGUUGAAGAAACCCUUCCAGAUCAGAAGCUGGUGGAUUUGGAACACUUCUAGGCAUCUUCACCCAAGAGGAGGCAUUAGGACUGUCUGGAAAAAUAAAAAGGGAACCUUAAUCAGGAGGAAGUUUGGACCAUUAACCAUGAAAAGGAGACAUAAAGUCCCACCGAUUGGAGAAAUAUUUUGAGCUUCCUGAAACCUGGACAAUCCCUAGCGAGAGGAAAAGUAAUCAUUCUUCUCAUACUGUAUUCUGGAGAGGAAAAAUGAAUUUCACAAACUGCACCACAGAACCCAGUGUGGCCAUGAAACCCAAAACUGUCAUGGAGAAGAUGCUCAUUUCCAUGACAUUAGCAGUAAUCACCACCUUGACCACUUUGCUGAACUCUGCCGUCAUCAUGGCAAUCUUCACCACCAAGAAGCUCCAUCAGCCAGCCAACUACUUAAUCUGUUCGCUGGCCGUCACAGACCUGCUGGUGGCCAUUUUGGUCAUGCCCCUGAGCAUCAUGUACAUUGUCAUGGACACCUGGACGUUGGGCUACUUUGUCUGCGAGGUGUGGCUGAGCGUGGACAUGACCUGCUGCACCUGUUCAAUUCUUCACCUCUGCGUGAUCGCCCUGGACCGCUACUGGGCGAUCACUGACGCCAUCGAAUACGCCAGGAAGAGAACCGCAAAGCGGGCCGGCUUGAUGAUCCUCACGGUGUGGACGAUUUCCAUUUUCAUCUCCAUGCCUCCUCUCUUCUGGAGGAGCCACCGCAGCCUCAGCAUCCCCAGCCAGUGCACCAUCCAGCAUGACCAUGUACUCUACACCAUUUACUCCACCCUGGGAGCAUUCUACAUCCCCUUGACGUUGAUCCUCAUCCUCUAUUACCGGAUUUACCAUGCCGCCAAGAGCCUUUACCAGAAACGAGGCUCCAGCCGGCACUUGAGCAACAGGAGCACCGACAGCCAGAACUCCUUCGCGAGCUGCAAGCUUACGCAGACCUUCUGCGUGUCCGAUUUCUCCACCUCGGACCCGACCACAGAGUUCGAUCGGAUCAAUGCCUCUGUCCGGAUCCCCCCCUUUGAUGGAGACUUGGACCCGGCUGGGGACCGGCAGCAGAUCUCCAGCACCCGAGAACGCAAGGCCGCUCGUAUCCUGGGACUGAUUUUAGGGGCGUUCAUUCUGUCCUGGCUGCCGUUUUUCAUCAAGGAGCUCAUCGUGGGCCUGAGCUUUUACACUGUGUCCUCAGACGUGGCUGACUUCCUGACGUGGCUUGGCUACGUCAACUCUCUCAUCAACCCUCUGCUCUACACUAGUUUUAAUGAAGAUUUUAAACUGGCAUUUAAAAAGCUGAUUCGGUGCCGAGAACAUUCAUGAAUACAAAGCCCUUUGCUGGGACUGUGGCAGGCUAAUCAACCUGAUGGCUGUCAAGUAUGGUCGCUCAGGACUGUUUCAGGGGAGGGAGGGAGGGAGGGUAGGGGUGUGUG